CUUGGGGGGCUCCGUGGGGACCCCUGGGGAUCAUUGGGGACCCCUCUGGGGGGCUCACUGGGGACCCUCGGGGACGCCCCCCCGUGUGGGACCCCCUUAGGGGGUUAAUGGGGACCUGGGGGGGCCCUUUGGGGACCUGGGGGGGCUCAUUGGGGACCACCCUGGGGGGACCCCCUUUGGGUUCAUUGGGGACCCUCGGGGACCUCUUUUUGGGGCUCCCUUGGGGCAUCCCCUUAGGGGGCUCACUGAGAACCUUGGGAGGCUCAGUGGGGACCCUGGGGACCCCCUUCAGGACCCCCUCGGGGGGCUCAUGGGAACCCUCUUGGGGGGAACCCUUUGGGGGGUCCAUUGGGGACCCCUGGGGACCCACCUUUGGGGGCUCAGUGGGAUCCUUGGGAGGCUCAGUGGGGACCUCGAGGACCCCCUUGGGGGGCUCAUUGGGGACUCCUUUGGGGGUCCCCCUUGGGGGGCUCAUUGGGGACCCCUGGGGGGCUCAUUGGGGAUCUUUGGGGUCCCCCGUGCCCCCCUCUGACCGGCGCCACCUUCCCCCCGCAGGCCAUGAGCGCCCCCCCGGCGCCGCCCGAGGAGCCCCCGCUGUCCCCGCCAGCCCCCGGGGUGUCAGGGAUCACGGCUCCGACGCAGCCCAGCCUCCUGCAGGCGUUCGGGGGGGGCACCGAGAGCAGCGAGGAGGCGCAGAGAGCGCGGGAGGAAUGGGAGGCGCUGGAGGAGAUCCAGCCAGGGCUGCCGGGGAAGUCCGGUGCCGUGCCCCUCAUCUCCUUCAACGAGGCUCUGCAGCACUUCCAGACCGCCGACCUCUCCGCCUGCAGGAAGAAGAUCCAGGCGACAGCGCGCAGGCAGGGUCUGGCUGCUCUGCUUCGCUUCCUCUUCGGCCCCCCACGGCUCCAGCAGCAGCUGCAGGGCGAGCGGGACCUGGCUCUCGCCAUGGCUCAGUGUGGCCUGGAUGACAGCGAGGCGGUGCACAUGAGGAUCCUGCAGACCAUCUACAAGAAGCUGACCUGCUCCCGGCUGGGCUGCCCGCGCUACGGCGCGCACUGGGAGGAGCUCGGCUUCCAAGGUGCGGAUCCGGGCACCGACCUGCGAGGCACGGGGAUGCUGGGCCUGAUGCAAAUGCUGCACUUCGUCAUGGACGCGCAGACGCUGCCUCUGGCUCGGCAGAUUUUCAGGCUGUCCCACCACGAAACACAGAAUUUCCCCUUCUGCAUCAUGUCCGUGAACAUCACCCGCAUCGUCCUGCAGGCCCUGAGGGAGGAAUGCCUCUCCAGGGAGUGCAACCGCAGGCAGCAGGUCAUCGCCGUGCUGAACGACGUGUACGCAGCCGCGUUUCUGCAGCUCUACCGGGUCUGGAAGUCGCAGCACAAGACCAUUGCUGACUCCGGCUUCCUCCUGAAGGAACUGGAGUUAUCCGCCAAAAAGAAACCGAAGCAGCUCCUGAAAUCCUUGGAAGCCUACGUGAGCAGAAGCCCCGUGGCAGACGGCAUCCAGCGACUGUCCCCUCCCUCCGGCAGCAGCUCCAUCAGCGCCGGCCGGGCUGGCGAGGAGAUAAACUUCACGGGUGUCUGCGACCUGCAGGUUGAGCUGGAAGGGGAGCCCCAGCUGGUCUGAAACCCGCGGCAGGGAGCCCUGCUCGUGGCACUGAUACCAGGGAGUGCCCGGUGCUGCUCAGGGGGCUUGGAAGGGGCUUGCCCCAAAGUGGCAGGCGCAGAGCGAUGCCUCUGGGCAGGAGGUGCCGAGAGCCGUGGUGGGAGAAGCGGCUGGGACCCGGCUUCGGGCACUCGGCCAGCUGGGGCACCGUGGAGCGUAGAUUUAGCCCUAGCCCCCCCCAGAAAGGGUGGCCGUGUCCCUCCCCUGCGGUUUGGCGGCAGGAGCAAACUGCAGGCUUGGACCCUUUCAAGGUAGAAUUAGUCAGGUUGGUGCUUGGGCUUGGUGACCUUGAAGGUUUUUUCCAACCUAGGUGGUUCUAAAACUGGCAUCAUGGGAGGAAACCAGGUGGGUUUUGUUAGCCACCGGCCUUGGGCUGGGUUUCACAUCUGCCCGGCUGCCGGGGAUGCGCGGUGCUGUUUGUCUUUACCCCCAGCAGGAAGAAUCGUGCUGCUCGGGGCAGACCCACGGCUGGAGCUGGAGCACACCAGGAGGGCUCAGACCUGGCUGGAAACGCACCUGGGAGCCCUCCCCUCUCGCAGGGCUCCCCACUCGCUGCUCCAGAGCACGUGGGAGGGCUUGAAACCCGGAAUUUGGGGCCAAAUGCCCUCAUUUCACACCAGUAGUGCUCCAAGAGCCAUGACCACGGCCACGUUGCUGUGCCUGGGGCUGUGGGUUUGAACACAAGCCUGGUGUUCGGGGAACCCUCCUCAAUUCUCUGUAGGAGUUACUGUGUGUACCAAAAUAAGGCAUUAAAAGGAAAAAAUAAACUUUUCUUGGCAUUCA